AUUGUUUGUUAAACAUGGACAUAGUGGAUAUAGUAACUUACAGACACAGAAUAGAUACGGUCUACAGUAACUACUGUCUAACUAGUAACUACUAAAUACUAAUUAGUAAUUAAUCAUUUUGUUCCGCGUCUACACGAGGAAAACCUUUGGGAAUUCAAUCGAAAAUUGUUAAAUAUUAUUUAUUUAAUUGCAGUAUUCAAAUUUAAAACUAUUUUUCUUCACAUUUAAAAACCAAAUCAUUCAUUAUAAUAAAAGACAUAAAUGUCGAUUUUGUCACUCAAAUAACUAACAAUUUAUAAUCAUGUCAACAAGUGAACUGCCUUGUGUUUACAUAUAUAGUUGUUGUGAUGAUGAUCCAUUGAAAACAAUUAAAUUAAUGAGGAAUGAAGAAAAUAUUGAAAUUUGUAAUAAUGAAGGAAAUAUUUUAUCAAAUCAUUGGACGAUAGACUGCAAAUAUUACACUGCUGAUAUAAAUUUGUGUACUUCCAUCAAUUUAAAUGAACUAUCUGAUCAAUUUAGCAAUAUUAUAGAAACCAUGAAUAAAUGCUUACCUUUAGUUAAGAGAAGUCAAGCUGAGGUUUUGAUACUAUUGAGUGAAAAAAAUAUAGAUGGUCACGUCAUGUCCAAUAAUGUAUUUGAAUGGUGUAGAAAAAACUAUUUUGAAUUAAUUGUGCUGGAAGAAAUUGCUGAUGAAAUGGAUACAACUGGAAUUGAACGUGUUAAACAAGCCCUUUAUGCACAUCAUUGGCCAAAUCUUAAAGCUAAAUGUCAAAUAACAAAUCCUAGUACAAAAUCAAUAAUCGAAGAUAGUGUAAUAAAUUUGCAAUUAAGUGGAGGAUUAUCAGACUUAAAAAUGGACACAGAACAAGAAGCUGAGUUGGAUAGCAAUUUAUUUACUGAGAUGUUUGAAGGAGAUUUUAAUUUUUUCAAGACUAUUGACAAAGUAAGAAAGUUAAAAGAACAAAUUUCUGCAAUGCCUGAUGAAGAAAGAAAAGAUGCUGCUGAAAAGACAUUAACAGAGUGUUGGAAAGCAUUUUUUGGAGAUGAUGUAGACCUUUAAGUAUUAUUUAAUACAUUAGUGAAAUUAAAAGUAUUAUGAAAACAAUUAAAUAUUAACCAUAAUAUUAUAUAUUAUUAUAGGAUCAUAAAAGUUAGUAAUAUAAUUUAUUUGUCUAAUCUACAAAUUGGGUUAUCUUGUACCAUUUGUAAAUUAACCCUAGGGCCAACUAGAUCUCUUAUAUUGUUAAUUCCAUAUUUAAUCAUAGUUGGUCUCUCUAAUGAUAAUCCCCAAGCUAUAACAUUUACUUUAUCUGGUAAGCCCAUUGGUAAUAGCAUUUCAGGACGAAACAUUCCAGAGUUGUGAUGAUAACAAAAUAUUUCCAUACUAGGUUCUGUAUACGGAUUGUAAGCAGGUUUAAAUUUGAUUUCAGUCAUUCCUAAUCGUUCAAAAAACAUGUGAAGAACUCCAAUCAAAUCUCCCAAAGUUAAAUUGUAAUCAGCUAUUACUCCUUCUACUUGUUGAAACUCUGCCAAAUGAGUAGCAUCCAAAGUCUCAUUUUGGAAUACUCUGUCAAUACUAAAGUACUUAGUCGGUUUAAAAUCUUUAGCUAGGCCAUACAACAUACGAGCACUAACAUCUGUAGUAUGAGUUCUCAAAACAUCUUUCUUAGCUUCGUCCAAAGACCAAUCAUAGCCAUAUCCUUGAGAACCAUAGCCACCUUUAGAAUGUACUAUUUUUACCUUGUUUAAAUAUUCUUGAGGAAAGUUUUCACUAGUUUGAGGGUUGUCCAAAAAAAAAGUAUCAUGAGAGUCUCUUGCGGGAUGUUGUUGAGGUUGGAAUAAUGCAUCAAAAUUCCAAAAUAAACUUUCAACAAAAUUAUUAGUUGGCAUUUCGGUAAAACCCAUUAAGAAAUAUUUGACGAAAGUCUGAGCGAACUUUCAAUAAAGGAUGUAAACAACCAGCCAAUUGUGAUUGGCCUAAAGCUUCAAAAUUGUAAGGUUUGAAUGGAGUUGAUUUCCAUGAACCAGAUAAUAUCAUUUCUGUAGUUAGUUCAGUUUCUAGUUUUACAAUAGAUGUUGUAAAUUCUGGAUUAGAUAUAUUCAAGACUCAACAGACAAUCGCAGGUUCAGAAUUCACAUUUUACAAAAUUACAAUUCAAAUUUCAAUAUAGAUAUUAUAGGGCUAUUAUCAAAAUUAAAUAAAAACUUUACAGCACGAUGUAUAGAAGAUAAGGUGAUACCAUUUUCUCACAAUAUAAAAAACGGAUGCCAAAAUGAACGGCAAUUUAUGAUUUCACAAAUCUCUCAAAAGAGUACGCCAAUAUUCGCCCGGGGGCCUAUUUUAUAUUUCUAGUUGUAAUGCAUAAAUGUAUUAUUAUAUAUUUAAAAAUGUACUUAAAAUGUAAAUAUAGUCUUCAUAAUAUGAAUACAAAAUAGAUGGAAUAAAUUAUUAUAUUAAUCAUAUUAUAUUACCUAAUACCUAUACUACGUUAUUAUGUUAAAUAUGUACCUAUAUAUGCAGUUAAUUGAACAUUAAAUUGAAUAAAUAAAUACAAUUUUCAACUA